CGCUGGAGAAGCCGCUCCGCCCGAGUACAACACUCCCCGCGAGCCGGCGCGGGCAACACCUGUUUCACGCCAGCCAGAGCAGCACACGAGCUCCUGGACGCGGCUCUCUUUUGCUUGCUGCUUCACACUCAUUCUGAGCCAAUGGACAUCUGCGGACCCUCUGGAGAAUUCUGGAUAUUAGCGUUGGACGCCUAAAGUUUUUUUUUCCUUUUUUGUUUUAUUAUUAUUUUUUUUGGAGGGGGGACCGGGAGGGGAGCUUUGUCUUCGCCAACAACGUGAGAUUUUUUUUUUCCCCUUUGAAGGAUUCAUGCUGAUGUCUGCAGAGUCGGUUAGAGAGUAAAAACAGCGCAUGCCUUCCUGGAGUCAGGAUCCGUAAAUUCUGACGUAGCCCGUGCAUCUUAAAAAUCCCUAUAAUAACGCCUAGGUAUUUAAGUUGCUAUGGUCAUUCUGAUCUCAAGCCAGAUGGAGAAACUACGGAUUUUUUUCCUUAUUACGGUUGGAUGGGAUGAAGACCUUACUGCCUGCUAAGAGCCGGGGAUAUAUCUAUAGAGAUACAUAGAUAUGUUUAUAAAUAUGUCAGUGUGUGAGUAUAAAGUGGUGGUUUCUUAGACUAUCAGUGGUUUGACCUUGAACCUGUGCCAGUGAAAACAGCAUAUUACUUUUAUUUAUGCAUUUAAUGGAUUGAAGAAAAGAACCUUUUUUUCUUUUUUUUCUUCUCUCUGCAACUGCAGUAAGGGAGGGGAGUUGGAUAUACCUCGCUAAUAUCUCCUGGGUUUGACACCAUCAUUAUUGUUUAUUCUUGUGCUCCAAAAUCCGAGUCUUCUGAUGGCUCCCUUAGGUGAAGUUGGGAACUAUUUCGGUGUGCAGGAUGCGGUACCGUUUGGGAAUGUGCCCGUGUUACCGGCGGACAGCCCGGUUUUGUUAAGUGACCACCUGGGUCAGUCCGAAGCAGGGGGGCUCCCCAGGGGACCCGCAGUCACGGACUUGGAUCAUUUAAAAGGGAUUCUCAGGCGGAGGCAGCUAUACUGCAGGACUGGAUUUCACUUAGAAAUCUUCCCCAAUGGUACUAUCCAGGGAACCAGGAAAGACCACAGCCGAUUUGGCAUUCUGGAAUUUAUCAGUAUAGCAGUGGGCCUGGUCAGCAUUCGAGGCGUGGACAGUGGACUCUACCUCGGAAUGAAUGAGAAGGGGGAGCUGUAUGGAUCAGAAAAACUAACCCAAGAGUGUGUAUUCAGAGAACAGUUUGAAGAGAACUGGUAUAAUACAUACUCAUCGAAUCUAUAUAAACACGUGGACACUGGAAGACGCUACUAUGUUGCAUUAAAUAAAGAUGGAACCCCAAGAGAAGGGACUAGGACUAAACGGCAUCAAAAAUUUACACAUUUUUUACCUAGACCAGUGGACCCGGACAAAGUACCUGAACUAUAUAAGGAUAUUCUAAGCCAAAGUUGACAAAGACAAUUUCUUCACUUGAGCCCUUAAGAAGUAACCACUAUAAAGGUUUCACGCGGUGGGUUCUUAUUGAUUAGCUGUGUCAUCACAUCAGCUCCACUGUUGCCAAACUUUGUCGCAUGCAUAAUGUAUGAUGGAAGCUUGGAUGGAACAUGCUGAUUUUGUUCUGCACUUAAAGGUCGGUCCUCCUGGAGGAUUGCCUAUGCCCACUUGCUUGAUUUAUUGUGAAAGGAGAGGAGAGAGAGGUUGAGAGAGAGGGAGUGUGAGUGCGUGAGUGGAUAAAUGGGAGGGGGAAAUUGAAGAGAGAGGAGAAAGCAGAGAGAAAAACAGCCUGAUGCAUGCUGGGAAAUAGACAUGCUUUUAAAUUUUUGAUCAGUUGUACUUCAUCCUGUAUCAGCAUAGCUGCCAUACUUCGACUCAUCAGGAUUUUGGCUGGUGGCCUGCACAAGGGUACGCUGCAUUUACAAAGGCAUGGAGGGUGCAGUCUUACUUAAAAGACUUUUUCAGUUAAUUCUCACUGGUAUCAGCCCAGUGAACCUAAAAGCAAAGACCUCUUAGUAAAAAAAAAGAAAAAAAAAAAGAAAAAAAUUAAAUUUAUUUAUAGAAAUUCCAAAGGCAACAUUUUAUUUAUUUUAUAUAUUUAUUUAUUAUAUAGAGUUUAUUUUUAAUGAAAUAUGUACAGGCCAGAUAGGCAUUUUGGAAGCUUUAGGCUCUGUAAGCAUUAAAUGGCAAAGUCUGCUAUGAACCUGUGGUAAAUUCAUGCAAGUAAAUAUAAUGGUGCAUGGAUAUGAGCAAUUCUAAUGAACCUAAAUGUACUAAAGGCGACAAUCGACUUUGUGCCCAUAUUAUUGUAAACGUAUGCACAUCACUCAUGACACUGAGUAUUCACUCUCCAGACUGCUUGUUUCAUAGCUUACCCCAGAGGAUUAAAGAUAAACUGGGUCUCGAACUUUUAUCCUGUGUCUGUAAUAUUUCCUCUCUCAUAAGUGACUUAUUCCAUCAUUGUAACUUCACAGAUACGGAAAAUAUAAGGGUUGGUAUAUAUCCUACUUGUUUAAAUCUAUCGCAGAAUAUACCAAAGCUAGACAAUAACUAUGCUUUUAUUUUAGUGGCUCUCCAGAACAACAGGAAUAACAGCAAACAUUGUACUGAUUUAGAAUUCUCAAAAAAGGGAAAAUAAAUAAAUAAAUAAAUAAAGCUUGCAUAGCACAGAUUUUUUUUUUUUUUUUAAAGGCCAAGAAUCAGAUCAACAGGAUCAUUCUUGUAUACUUUUAUUUGCGUACUUGGUUAUCAGAUAUGAAAUUGUACAAGUACCAUAGGGGUCAUUGUAACAACUUUUAUAGAAAAUUGCUUUCAGCAUGAACUGUCAUAAUACACGGUAAUAGCACCCUUAAGGUAAAACCAAAUGAAACUAAUAAAUCUUUAUCAAUAAUGACAAUGAGGGGGAAAGUAUUAUACUUGUUGACUGUGUUUUGUUUUUUAAAAUGUUCUUCACAAGCGCUCAAAUUUUUUAGAGGGGAGGUUACUAAAGAAUAUCUUUUACAAGGCUUUUAUAAUGUUUUAUGCUGGAAAGCAUAAGAAUACAUAUUUCUUUAGUAGCAAUAAUUUUGGAACUUGCUCCUGGGCAAGGGAGACUAUUUCUUACUAUAUACUAAGGAGAAAAGAGCCAAAUUCUUAAAGCAAUAUUUAAAAUAAAGGAAUUUAUAACCAAUUCUCAUACCACAUAGAAUACUUUCUAGCCCGUUAGGUUGGGAAAUUGGAAGUGACAGUUAAAGAAUGUGUUGGGAUUUAUGUAACUAAUUUUAGAAUUUAAUAUUCCAACUUUGUUUUGCUCUGAUGCACGUUCUCCAUGAAAAAUAGAAGUAUGUCACUGGCAAGUUAAAGCUGUUAUGAAAGAGAAGCACAUGACUUACUGCCAUGAGCACAUAGAACCUUCCAUGGUCCACUUCCAUGUGAAGUGUGUCACAGCACCCUCCUUCUGAUGGGCAGAGAGGAAAAAUGGCAUCUAACAUUUGGAAUUAAGAAAUAUUUAGUGGGGAGAGGCCAGAAGCAAUGUAAAAUAGCUGAUUUAUGGUAAAGGUCAGAAUGUCCUCUUCAUUUAUUUUCUUGGGAUUUUUUAUGUUCUAAACGAAAACCACAUUUAAUCCAACAAGUAGUGUUCUUAUUUAUUAUUUAACCCUUUGCUGCUACGGAAAUGUGCACAGAUUCAGGCUUUAGUUUUUCCAGAAGGCAUUUAAUUUUUUUUUGUUUCUGGGGGGCUGAAAAUGUUAAAAAUCUGACCACAAGGAAGAAUCAAGUUUUUAGAAUGUUAUAGGUAUGAUAUUUAGCACCGAAGAAAUUGAUUUCAGAAGACAGCUAAAAGUAAUCUUGAGGUAGUGUGAGAAGCUAGAUAAUCAGCCUAAAAGAAAAAAAAAUAUUGUGAAAAGGACUAUGAUAUCCAUGCAUUCCUAGAAGAUUGUCACUUUAAUGUCUACAUUUGGAGUUCAUUUUGUUUCGGUACCUUUUUUUUUAGGAAAAGCAAAAUGUUAUAUACUUUUGGCAAUUGAUACAAUAAACUGUAAUGGUCUAUAAAUAAAUUAAUGCAGACUUAUGCAAUUUAUGUAAAUAAGCAUUUUCCGGAGAGUAGAUGGCUCAGGGUUCAGUGUGGGCAUUGUCCUGUGGAGCAGUCGAGUGUGUCGUCUCUGGCGCUCGUAGGUUUGCAUCCAGUUCUUAUCCUGAGACUGAAAACUUCGCCAUGGCAGCCACGAGCUACUGUGGAGGGAGUGGCUCCGGUUGUCACAGACGGAUGCCCUGGCAGCCAAACCAUUACCAUGCUGGUGCCAACACUUGCACCUCAGUCAGAGACUUACUGGGCAUGACUGAACCGCCAUUUCUAUCUGUCAAGUGAGUGUCCCCAAGCAGUGUUGAAGGCCACGCCGGGUCGGUGUUGGGGACCCUGCCCUGCCAGGUCCUGCUCUGUAGAUAAACGAAUGGCUUCAGUUUAUGGUGUUUUCAUUCUAUUUCAUCUCAUUAACACUAUGACAUUGUGUUAUUUACUUGAUAAUCUGUAAUUGUAUGUAAAUACAUACAGGAUUAUGUAAUUUGUGUAAAUACAUAAUUACAGACUUUUGAAAACUGGUAUUUUUUACUUGAUGUCCAUUUUGAAGCUGCUUCAGAUUAUGUGCCUACAUGAACCAAUGGAAUUUUGAAAACAUGCUCUCCUUGGUCUUACCACUGUUGCGUGUGUGUUGAGGGGAUGGGGAGCAGGGGCGCUGGAUGGAGUGGGGAGGAACAAACUCAUCCAGAUGUCUUGUCUUUUCUGUAAGCGUUAGAUGAAGAAGCAAGUGAUCUUCUGGGAUGGAGAUUUAUGAAUUUAUAACCAGCAAAACGCUGCGUGUGUGCUCAUUUACGGGGAUGGGUGGAAGGACAAAGGGGUAUUGUCUAAGGUCAAAUUCUGUUUGCUGCCUCAUUUGACCUUGAAAUGUGCAGAUUUAGAUCUGUCUGCCUUUCGUGGUCACUUGCAUGAAAGAGUAAUGAAAUGGUGGGGCAGGGAAUAUGCCAGAUGGAUUCAAAAGAUAUAUUAGCUACCAAGUCCCUCUUGAGUAUGUGUUAUACAUGCUAUAACACAUUAUCGAUAGACAUUUCAAAUUUCAAAAUAGAUAUUUUAUCAUUAAAAGUGGAGUGGUGAGGAAUUAGAAGACUAAGUUCCGCCUACCUCCUUCCGUAUAGAGCCCAGCAUUUAGGAAUUCAGUUUUGAACAUUGGACCCUGGCCACAAAAGGUUUGGUUGUAAAUGUGUGAAUGGUGGGUCAUGAGUGCAAGUUCUACCUUUCAGCCUCUCUGGCUGCCCUUAGGUCUUCUGGAAGCAUUUUGAUAUAACCUUUCCUUGACCAGGGAGGAACUCGCAGACUGUCUCUCUACACUUUUCUUUGGAAAGAAAGUGAACAAUGAUCCUGCUGCAUAUUUUUCUUCUCGCUCCCACAACAGCUGUGGUGACCAGGCUGAGAGACUGAGCCUGGCUCUAAGGCUAGAUAGUCAUUGUGAAGGUCAUGAGGGAAGCAAGAAAAACACCAGAAAAGAAGCCUCUUUCCUGUUUUGGUUCAUAGUAGAUGA